UUUCUUCUUAUAAUUUAUUUACCAAGCAUAAAAUACAUUCAUGAACAUCCGGAGAGGCUUCUGCUUAAUCUUUGUAAAUGUUAUUCUACAGGCUGUCAAGUUGUCGACGAUGGCGUUCCAGAAUUGUCCCGCUUCGAAGUUGACAAUUUCCUACACCAAAUGCCCAAGCACGCAUGAGGAGUGGAUGUUUGCAGUCAGACGAAAAAAUUGCUCAAGCAUUUCUCAAAACUGUACUAGUCCAGAAAAUUUCCGAUACCACUGUGUUGCAAAUGCCUUCAUGAAUAAAACCAUUGAAGUCUGUGCUCCCGGAUUAUUUCUUUUAGGAUUUUGUCCAGAAUAUAAUUUCCUUGGUGAACGAAUACAAGAUAACUAUAACGCUGACUGUAAACAAUAUGCAGAGCCUUGCCCAAACAGAUACGAAUCUUGGAAGCCCUACAAAUUUCCAGAAUGUGUUUUUCUGAAGAAUGCAUUUCACAGGAAAAAAUCUUCAUUAUCGAACAAAACUUCAAAUUUUGGUUCUGUCAGGAAAAAAAUUAAUAGUAAUGAAUCUGAUGACAACUCUACAGUCUUUAUAACAUGCCUGAUUGGUUUACUCACAGUACUUAUAAUAAUAUCAGCUUGUAUAGUCCUUCUUAUCUAUAGAAGAAAACGAAGAAAGCCAGAAAUAAAUUCUCACGAGGAAGAAGGGGUGCUUUAUCGGGUCGGACCGGAGGAGAAUACUUCUUAAUUAUAGACUUAAACUGAACUUGAAAAUUGUGAACUUUGAUUGAAAAGACACCUUAUCUAACUCAUUAGUAUUAAUGACAAAAGAAUUAACGAACCUGUGUUAAGGACACUCAAUUUUAUAAAAGACAUGAAUUCGAACAUCAUUGUUGAUGAAGAAUUUUUAUGUAUUAUUAUUUCACAUUUGAAAUUAUUUUUGCUAUUGAAAUAUUGUUUAUUAUUUUCAAAGUGUAUAAAAUUAGAUUUUUAU